GCAUCGGCAAAGAGAUGGCAGGAAAUCGUGGAAUGAGAUCACAAUUCUGCUGCUGCUGAGACGGGCGUUACGGCUACCAUUCACAACCCCCAGAAAGAGCCAGCAGUUUUAAAUAAGGUUUAUCGGCAGAGUGCAGUCCAAGCAGGAGAUCCGCUUGACGGAGAAAUAUUGAUGCAUUAGCCCUAAUAAUCCGGACAGUAGGACUGGACUAUAUCUCCAAAACGUAAACUUUUGCCUGCAUUAUGGAUCUGGGGGUACAGCCAAUAAACUGAUCAGUUUCAUGUGGAUUCUGCACGGCGCCUCUUCCCAGAUUGGCCAUCUACAAGUAUAAAAAGGUCAUUUAAAUCAUACUCAACCUAGCUGCUGAUAAGUGAAUAUGGAGAACACCAAACUUCCCCCGUCCAGCCCCACGUCGCCUACCACGGGCUUCUCUGUACCCAACGCCGAGAAGAUCGAUGGCUUCCCGCGGCGCUCCAUGCGCAGGGCCCGGCAGCGGCGCUCUCACAGCUCCUCCCAGUUCAGAUACCAGAGCUCCCAGGUGGAACUCACGCCGCUACCCCUCCUCAAAGAUGCGGCUGCAGGGGAGCUGCACGAGCUGUUUGUCCAGAAGCUGCAGCAGUGCUGCGUGCUGUUCGACUUCCUGGACUGCGUGGCCGACCUCAAGGGCAAGGAGAUCAAGCGCGCCGCCCUCAACGAGCUGGUGGAAACCAUGGCAACCAGCCGCGGCAUCCUCAUCGAGCCCAUCUACCCGGAGGCCAUCAAGAUGAUCUCGGUGAACAUCUUCCGCACGCUGCCUCCCAGUGAGAACGCCGAGUACGACCCUGAGGAGGACGAGCCCACUCUGGAGGCCGCCUGGCCACACCUGCAGCUGGUGUAUGAGUUCUUCUUGCGCUUCGUGGAGUGCCCAGACUUCCAGCCCUCUGUCGCCAAGCGCUACUUAGACCAGAGGUUUGUCCUGCAGUUGCUGGAGCUGUUUGACACUGAGGACCCGCGGGAAAGAGAGUACCUGAAGACCAUCCUGCAUCGCGUCUAUGGGAAAAUGCUGGGCCUCCGCGCAUACAUACGCAAGCAGAUCAACAACAUCUUUCUCAAGUUCAUCUAUGAAUCAGAGCACUUUAACGGUGUUGCAGAGCUGCUGGAGAUCCUGGGCAGCAUCAUCAAUGGUUUCGCCCUGCCCCUGAAGGCGGAGCAUAAGCAGUUCCUGGUGCGAGUGCUGAUCCCACUGCAUAAGGCCCGAUCCCUGUCCGUCUUUCACGCACAGCUGGCCUACUGUGUGGUGCAGUUCAUGGAGAAAGAUGCCACCGUGACAGAAUAUAUUAUAGAAGGACUGCUGAAGUUCUGGCCAAAGACCUGCACACAGAAGGAGGUGAUGCUGUUGGGGGAACUGGAGGAGAUCCUGGAUGUGAUCGAGCCCACCCAGUUCCAGCGUGUGCAGGAGAAACUCUUCAAACAGAUCGCUCUCUGCAUCUCCAGUCCACACUUCCAGGUGGCGGAGCGGGCCUUGUACUUCUGGAAUAACGAGUACAUCCUGAGCCUCAUCGAGGAGAACUGCCAGGUCAUCCUGCCGCUGGUCUUCGCCACCCUCUACAGAGUCUCCAAAGAACACUGGAACCAGAUGAUUGUUUCCCUGAUCUACAAUGUCCUGAAGACCUUUAUGGAAAUGAACAGCACCCUGUUUGAUGACCUCACGUCCUCCUACAAACUGGAGAAACAGAAGGAGCAGCGGCGUGAGCGGGAGCGUCAGGAUCUGUGGCGGCGCCUGGAGCAGGAGAGCGAGCGUCGGCUGCAGCUGAUGCAGGAGGCCAGCCUCAACCGCAAGAACCUGCAGGAGCACCACACACACGCCCCGCACACACACACACCGCACGCCGCCACCGCUGCCACACACACACACGCCCCCCCACACACUCCGCAUGAUCCCAGCACCACCAACGCCUCCUAGAGCACCUCGAGCAGACACACGCACCCACACACACACACACACACACACACAUAUACACACACACACACACACACACACACACCACUGCAGCAGAUUCGAUUCAGAUCCAGGGGCUAAGGUCUUGGUCACACACAUGUGUCCGCUUAAGUAUGAUGACAAAUGUGCCAUCACAGUCCAUGUGCCAUCAUGGAAGGCCAGAGAGAGGACAGCGGGGCUGUUAGUAGCCAAGACCACUUAGGGUCCAAGACGAGACCAAGUCAAGACCGAAUC